AUGACGAUGCUGAGUUUGUUACUUUCUCGUUGCCAUGGAUACACCACAUUCGGCUUCAGCAUACAUCACCGCUUUUCGGAUCAGGUUAAGGGCAUUUUGGGAACUCAAGGAUUGCCUCAAAUUGGAACUCCUCACUACUAUGCUGCUAUGGCUCACAGGGAUCGACUUUUUCAUGGCCGGAGACUCGCCGCCGAGAGAGCUGAACAAAAUUUAAUUUUUUUUAAGGAAAAGAUAGAGAAUUUUCUUCUUCUCAUUGUUUUGGAUUUCAGUUUGCAUUUUGCCAAUGUUUCUGUUGGAACACCACCUCUUUGGUUUCUGGUGGCAUUGGAUACCGGUAGUGAUUUAUUCUGGGUACCUUGUAAUUGUAGCAGUUGUGUGAGGGGUAUAGAGACACAAAAUGGAAAGAUUGAUUUUAACAUCUAUGAUAUUGAUCAGUCUUCCACUAGCAAGAAAGUUCUAUGCAAUAGCAGCUUGUGUGGUGAACAAAAACAAUGUUCUUCCUCUAGCAGCAGUUGUCAAUAUAAAGUUGACUAUCUUUCGGCUGAUACUUCAUCUAAAGGAUUCUUGGUAGAGGAUGUGUUGCAUUUGAUUACAGAUGAUGAUCAAACAAAGGAUGCUAAUGCACGAAUUACUUUAGGUUGUGGCCAAAUUGAGACCGGUACAUUUCUAAAUGGGGCAGCUCCAAAUGGUCUAUUUGGACUUGGUAUGGAGAACAUGUCUGUUCCUAGUGUUCUAGCCAAACAAGGCCUUACUUCGAAUUCAUUUUCAAUGUGUUUUGGAUCUGAUGGUUUUGGAAAGAUCACGUUUGGGGAUAGCGGCAGCUCAGACCAAGGAAAAACUCCGUUCACUGUCGGGGCAUCACAUCCAACUUAUAACAUCACCAUUACCCAAAUCAUUUUGGGAGGGAAUGCUGCUGAUGUUGAGUUCUAUGCAAUUUUCGACUCUGGCACCUCAUAUACAUACCUAAACGACCCGGCUUAUUCACAAAUUGCUGAAAAGUUCGAUUCACUAAUGAAAGCACCACGGCAUUCAUCUCAGUCAACUUCUGAUCUCCCCUUUGAAUACUGUUAUGACACGAGUCCGAACCAGUCAGUUGAAGUUCCAGAUUUGAAUCUAACGAUGAAAGGUGGAGAUGAUUAUCCUGUGAUGGAACCAACAAUAACAGUUUCUAAUGGGAUUGCAGAAAUGAUUUGUUUGGCGAUUGUGAAAAGCAACACUGUAAAUAUUAUUGGACAAAACUUUAUGACCGGUUACCGUAUUGUCUUUGAUCGCGAUAACAUGAAUCUUGGUUGGAAACAAUCCAAUUGUUAUGAUGAUGUACUCACCAGUACAUUACCUGCUAACAAAUCACACUCUCCUGCUAUUUCUCCCGCUGAGGCCGCCAAUCCGACAGUUACAUCGGACCCUUCGAGAAACUCUGGGAAGCUUUCGCCUAGUCACUCGUCCAGGAUCAAACCUAUUUUUGCACUUAUGAUUGUACUAUUUCUACUUUAGACAAUUUUUUUUGCAUUCUUCAUGUUCAUUCCAUGAGUAUUAUUCAAAUUUAUAGGCGAUUUUAUUUUUAGUUGACCACACUAGGAGCCAUAUUGCUUCCAUUUUUCUUUUAUAGCAUUAAUUUUAUUAUGGUUCUGUAUAUAGUGCAUUCAUUACACAGCAUAGUUGUAAUCUUAUAGAAAUUUCCCUUAUAUUAUUCUUUAUUACACAUCAGGGGUCAGUUUGAUGGCUCUUUUCCCCCUCUUAACACUGUGUUGAGA